AACAGAAUGUGGGGGUUCUGAUAGUAAGAAAGCUAUUGACUUUAUAGUAGCAUCUAUGAACAUCACCCUUUACAUCUGUUGUGAAUUAAAUUGAGAGUUGAGCAAAGCAAGUGGAGGAGAGGCCAGCUUCCUUCAUAACCGCCUCCUGUGUCUGAGAAAGCCUAUUGGGUUGGUGUACCUUUCUGCGUGUAAACCCAAGAUGUACCACAUAGCUACUCUGCUGUUUUGUAGCACUGGGGCGUUGCCCAAGGUAUGUUGCUAAAUAAAUGGCCUUUCAGUUUCUAAAUUCAAGUAAAGAAUCUACUAAUAAUGACCAUUUGGAGGUGAGAAAGUAACGACACUUAAGACCAUCACUCUGGCAGAACCAGUUUAAGGAGAUUGGGAUACUAGACAUUAUCUGUACAUCUAAAUCAUCUACUACUAAGCAAUUUUUAGACAGACUAAAUUCAGAGUUUUUAGAAGUUAAUAUAAAAGUAUUUUGUGAGUUAGGAGGAAGUGGAGUUUCAGUGUGAAUUUGGGAAAUUAUUGAAACAAUCUGUAAUAACAUUAUCCUGAUUUAAGAAAUCAAUUCUGUAGAGUGAUCCAAGAAAAUUGCUUUAAAAAACACUAAUGAUAAAAAUAGGAAUUUUGAGAUUAAGGAAAAAUGUCUCUCUUUCCCCAACCAUCACUUUGUUUUCCUAUUUGAAUUCUCCCAUCUUCCCCACCCAAUUUCCCUGAUUUCCUUUGCUCCUUUAGUGGGGAAACCAGAAAACUUCACAAAAUAGAUGUCGAUAUCAAACAGCAUAGUUUGAAAUAGAGGCUUUCUAAGAGAGAGAAUAACAAAAGAAUUUUCCCAACUGCCUAAGAAAUUCUUUCCUCUUACCUGAUUUUUCCCCAUGAGGUUUACACAUUGUUGUAAGGAGUUUUAAAAAUGACAAAUAUGAACCAUCAUUUCAGUCUACACGUGAUCCAGAAAAAAAUUGCACAUAUUUAAUACCUUGCUUAAUUGCAAACAGAGCUUACAACUUGAGAGAAUUUGGAUUAGGACUAAAUAUCUAUUAACUGUUCUUUCUAGAGAUUUGGGGAAUAGGAUGACCCUUCCUCCCCCCCUUUUUUAAAAAAAAUAGGCUACAGUUUCACAUGGCUCCCAAAAGAAAUCUCGCUCCCUUUUUGUUUCCCACACCAAUUGAUUUAUCAUUUUGCUUGCAAGCAGAUCCAGAAUGUUAGGGCAAGAACACACUCACUUUUUUCUCGUAACUUUUUUGUUGUGGACCGAAACCAGUUGACUUGAAUAAAUUUUUCUGAGGACUGAAUGUAGCCAGCAACGUGGAAAAAUCUUGCCAUUCAGGGCCGUCUGAAUGUACAUUUCAGCCACACAGUAAGCUGCAUUGGUAGGCACUGGACUGCUAAAUACAACCAUUUUUCGCAGCAGCGAGUUAGACAGGUGAUUAGCAUAAUUAGCACUGAGCAGCUAUACAUAUGGUAAUGCUGAGUGUGUAAAUGCCAGCUGCGGUGUAAAAUUUAUGUCAGGGGUCGGCAGGGCUGUGCGAAAGUAUUGUGUUCCAGCUGCAGGUCAGGGCCGCCAAAGCUUACCUCCUUUUCUCUUGUUGGUGAAUACGCCAAACAGAAGAGAAAGACAGAAAUAUAACAGAUACGGCUUUGAUGGAACAGCCCAGUUCUGUGCAAGAGGGCCUGUUCUGUAAAACACACGCGCACACACACGCACACCCUUGCAGAAAUCCCAUUACUUUAACUACAAAUUGUGUUUACUUCAUGCAGGGCCCACAGGAGCAUUGAUGGGAUGGGGACUUUGGGUAGGUGAAUGGGUCAAAUGGUUUCCUGGGAGCACGACUUGAGAGUUGUGCUUCUGUUUUUUUCCCCAUCCUCCUGCCUCCCUCCCCCAUUCCCUUCACUGCUCCUGCCCACAUUGUUUUCCUUCAGAUUGAAGGGGAGGGGGAUCCCCACUGGAUGGGAUAGUAUUUGUCCUUUAGAAGAAUGGGGACAACUAUCGGAGGAGGCAUUGGUUCACCUUGAACAUAAUUUAAGGUUGCAACUGUGAGACUCUUCCCAAACUGCUUAACUGUUUUUUUGCAAAGGGCUAGAGUUUCUCUCUGCUUUGUGGCAGCCAUUCUCACCAUUCUGCCUACCACCAUUGGACCCAUUAGAUGAGAAAAGAAUCCCAUAGGUUUCUGGUUUGAAAGGAGGACAGUCUUGAAUGGUGCACACCGUUGGAAAUGCACAAUGGGGGAAUUUAUUGCUAUGUUGGUGGCCGAGUAAGUCGUGAAUUAAAUUAUACUCGCCAGAAGAUUGGAGAAGAGGCUAUGUUUAAUCCUCAACUCAUGAUUCAGACCCCGAAAGAAGAAGGUGCUAAUGUCCUGACCACAGAAGCACUCCGCCAACACCUGGACUCAGCACUCCAGGCCAGCCGGGUCCACGUGUAUAUGUAUAACAGGCAGUGGAAAUUGGAACAUUUGUGUUACAAAUCCGGAGAACUUAUCACAGAAACAGGUUAUAUGGAUCAGAUAAUAGAAUAUCUCUACCCUUGUUUAAUCAUCACACCUUUGGACUGCUUCUGGGAAGGGGCUAAGCUGCAGUCUGGGACAGCAUACCUCCUAGGUAAGCCUCCUUUGCAGUGGACAAACUUUGACCCUUUGGAAUUCCUAGAAGAGUUAAAGAAAAUAAACUAUCAAGUGGAGAGCUGGGAGGAAAUGCUGAAUAAGGCGGAAGUUGGUCAUGGUUACAUGGACCGGCCCUGCCUCAAUCCGGCUGAUCCAGAUUGCCCUGCCACUGCCCCUAACAAAAAUGCAACCAAACCUCUUGAUAUGGCCCUUGUUUUGAAUGGCGGAUGUCAUGGGUUAUCCAGGAAGUACAUGCACUGGCAAGAGGAGCUGAUUGUUGGUGGCACAGUCAAGAACAGCACUGGGAAGCUCGUCAGUGCCCACGCCUUGCAGACCAUGUUUCAGUUAAUGACUCCCAAGCAGAUGUAUGAACACUUCAAGGGGUACGAGUAUGUCUCACACAUCAACUGGAAUGAAGACAAAGCAGCAGCCAUCCUGGAGGCUUGGCAGAGGACCUAUGUGGAGGUAGUUCAUCAAAGCGUUGCCCAGAAUUCCACUCAGAAGGUGCUUUCCUUUACCACAACGACCCUUGACGACAUCCUCAAGUCUUUCUCCGAUGUCAGCGUCAUCCGAGUGGCCAGUGGCUACUUACUGAUGCUUGCCUAUGCCUGUUUAACCAUGCUGCGCUGGGACUGCUCCAAGUCCCAGGGUGCCGUGGGGCUGGCUGGCGUCCUGUUGGUUGCACUGUCAGUGGCUGCAGGAUUGGGCCUGUGCUCAUUGAUCGGGAUUUCCUUUAACGCUGCAACAACUCAGGUUUUGCCAUUUCUUGCUCUUGGUGUUGGUGUGGAUGAUGUUUUCCUUCUGGCACAUGCAUUUAGUGAAACAGGACAGAAUAAAAGAAUCCCUUUUGAGGAUAGGACUGGGGAGUGCCUCAAGCGCACGGGAGCCAGUGUGGCCCUCACAUCCAUCAGCAACGUCACAGCCUUCUUUAUGGCCGCGUUGAUCCCCAUCCCUGCUCUGCGGGCCUUCUCCCUCCAGGCGGCUGUAGUGGUGGUCUUCAAUUUUGCUAUGGUUCUACUCAUUUUUCCCGCAAUUCUCAGCAUGGAUUUGUAUCGACGCGAGGACAGGAGAUUGGAUAUUUUCUGCUGUUUCACAAGCCCCUGUGUCAGCAGAGUGAUUCAGGUUGAACCUCAGGCCUACACAGAGACUCAUGACGGCACCCGCUCCAGCCCCCCGCCCCCAUACAGCAGCCACAGCUUUGCCCACGAGACGCAGAUCACCAUGCAGUCCACGGUGCAGCUCCGCACAGAGUACGACCCCCACACGCAUGUGUACUACACAACCGCCGAGCCACUCUCCGAGAUCUCUGUGCAACCUGUCACUGUGACGCAGGACACCCUCAGCUGCCAGAGCCCCGAAAGCACAAGCUCCACAAGGGACUUGCUCUCCCAGUUCUCUGACUCUGGCCUCCACUGCCUGGAGCCCCCUUGUACCAAGUGGACACUCUCAUCUUUUGCUGAGAAACACUAUGCUCCUUUCCUCUUGAAACCAAAAGCCAAGGUUGUGGUGAUCUUUCUUUUCCUGGGCUUGCUGGGCAUCAGCCUGUAUGGGACCACCCGAGUGCGCGAUGGACUGGACCUCACAGACAUUGUACCUCGGGAAACCAGAGAAUAUGACUUUAUUGCAGCACAAUUUAAAUACUUUUCUUUCUACAACAUGUAUAUAGUCACACAGAAAGCAGACUACCCAAAUAUCCAGCACUUACUCUAUGACCUUCAUGAGAGUUUCAGUAAUGUGAAGUAUGUCAUGUUGGAAGAAAAUAAACAGCUCCCCAAAAUGUGGCUGCACUACUUCCGAGACUGGCUUCAAGGACUUCAGGAUGCAUUUGACAGUGAUUGGGAAACUGGGAAAAUCCUGCCAAACAAUUACAAAAACGGAUCAGAGGAUGGGGUCCUUGCCUAUAAACUCCUGGUGCAGACCGGCAGCCGUGAUAAACCCAUUGAUGUCAGUCAGCUGACUAAACGGCGCCUGGUGGAUGCAGAUGGCAUCAUUAAUCCCAGCGCUUUCUAUAUCUACCUGACUGCUUGGGUCAGCAACGACCCAGUGGCUUACGCUGCCUCCCAGGCCAACAUCCGGCCUCACCGUCCAGAGUGGGUCCACGACAAAGCUGACUACAUGCCAGAAACCAGGCUGAGAAUCCCAGCAGCAGAGCCCAUCGAGUAUGCUCAGUUUCCUUUCUACCUCAACGGCUUGCAUGACACUUCAGACUUCGUGGAAGCAAUCGAAAAAGUCAGAACCAUCUGCAACAACUACACAAGCCUGGGCCUCUCCAGCUACCCCAACGGUUACCCCUUCCUCUUCUGGGAGCAGUACAUUGGCCUCCGCCACUGGCUCCUACUGUCCAUCAGCGUGGUGCUGGCCUGCACGUUUCUUGUGUGUGCCGUCUUCCUCCUGAACCCCUGGACGGCCGGGAUCAUUGUGACAGUCUUGGCCUUGAUGACAGUCGAGCUCUUUGGCAUGAUGGGCCUCAUCGGAAUCAAGCUAAGUGCUGUGCCUGUGGUUAUCCUGAUCGCGUCUGUCGGCAUAGGCGUGGAAUUCACCGUGCACGUUGCUCUGGCCUUUCUCACGGCCAUUGGUGACAAGAACCGCAGGGCUGUGCUUGCCCUGGAGCACAUGUUUGCACCUGUCCUUGAUGGGGCUGUUUCCACUCUGCUGGGAGUGCUCAUGCUUGCAGGAUCGGAGUUUGAUUUUAUUGUCAGGUAUUUCUUUGCUGUCCUGGCAAUCCUAACAAUUCUGGGUGUUCUCAAUGGGCUGGUUUUGCUUCCAGUCCUGUUGUCCUUCUUCGGACCAUAUCCUGAGGUAUCUCCAGCCAAUGGUCUGAAUCGGCUACCCACCCCUUCCCCUGAGCCUCCACCCAGUGUGGUCCGGUUCACUGUGCCCCCCAGUCAUGCGAACAACGGGUCGGACUCCUCUGACUCAGAGUACAGUUCUCAGACAACGGUGUCAGGCAUCAGCGAAGAGCUUCGGCAGUAUGAGAUGCAGCAGGGCACCAGGGGCCCUGCCCACCAGGUGAUUGUGGAAGCCACAGAAAACCCUGUCUUCGCCCGCUCCACUGUGGUCCAUCCCGAAGUGAGACAUCACCCACCCUUGAAUUCUCGACAGCAGACCCACCUGGACUCAGGGUCCCUGCCACCCGGACGGCUGGGCCAGCAGCCCCAGAGGGAAGCUCCCAGAGAAGGCUUGCGGCCACCCCCCUACAGACCACGCAGGGAUGCUUUCGAAAUGUCUACUGAAGGACACUCAGGCCCUAGCAAUAGGGACCGAGUGGGCCCCCGGGGAGUCCGUUCUCACAACCCUCGGCACCCGGUGUUCACUGCCAUGGGCAGCUCCAUGCCUAGCUACUGCCAGCCCAUCACCACCGUGACGGCCUCAGCAUCCGUGACUGUUGCUGUGCACCCUCCACCUGUCCCCGGCCCCGGGCACAACCCCCGCGGAGGGCUGUGCCCAGACUAUGAGGACUACCCCCAGACGGAUCCCAGGUUGUUCGAGGACCCUCAUGUGCCUUUUAAUGUCCGAUGCGAGAGGAGGGAUUCCAAGGUGGAGGUCAUAGAGCUGCAGGACGUGGAAUGCGAGGAGAGGCCCCGGGGCAGCAGCUCCAACUGAGGGUGAGUAAAAUCUGAAGCAAAGAGGCCAAAGAUUGGAAUCCCCCCUACCCACCAGAACUGCUUGAAGAGAACUGCUUGGAGUUAGAAGGAUGUACUGCACCAGAACUGCAGUCCAUUAUUACUGUAACCAAUUGUAUUAUUUUGUGAAAUAUUUCUAUAAAUAUUUAAGAAGUGUACACAUAUGUAAAUACGAAGAAAUGGAUGUAAAGUAGUGUGAUCUGGGGCUUCUCCCCUGCUGCCCAGAGCACGCAGUGGGGCCGCUGCAGCGGGCCCCUCCCUGUUUGUACAUUGGCCUCCGUGCCACGACCAAGCUUACCUUACUCUUAAAUUUCAGCAUAUGUUGCUGCUGCUUAAAUAUUGUAUAAUUUACCUGUAUAAUUCUAUGCAAAUAUUGCUUAUAUAAUAGGAUUAUUUUGUAAAGGUUUCUGUUUAAAGUAUUUUAAAUUUGCAUAUCACAACCCUGUGGUAGUAUGAAAUGUUACUGUUAACUUUCAAACACGCUAUGCGUGGUAAUUUUGUUAUUGUUUAAUGAGCAGAUAUGAAGAAAGCACGGUAAUCCUGGUGGCUUCUAGGUGUAGUUGGAUGUGAUGCUCCUGUUGGGCUGUGUAUGUGACAUAUAUAUGAUUUCCCGAUGUACUGUACUGUGAUUUUUUUUCUUUUUUUAUUUCUUUCACUGUCCAUAACCUUUAGUGGGUUCCGCCCUGGUCAGGCUAGAAGAGUCA